UUCUGGUUCACGAUCGAUGGUUACUCGCCCAUUUGGCCGAACGAAGAUGCCAGAGGAACGCAAGUGGAGAAAGUAAACUAUCAUCUGUCGACAGUGAACCAAAAUAACGUUUCAAUCGCUCGAAUGGCUGAAAACGUUCAUUAUCAGUGCAGUGUGGAGAAAGACUCAGGUGCCACUGUUGCCGACGAUGAGUUGGGAAAAGUGCUUAAAGAACUUGAAGAGCUUCCUUUUCAAGACGAGAACCAAAAGUCCACCUUCUUUAAAGACGUUCAACGCUUACGGGGCAGACACGUCAUUCAGUGUUUCAAGUUAGGUGUACGUCCGCUAAAAUUAUGUACCUCAAAAAAUUCUAAUUUUACUGAAGAGGUGAUGAAAAUUUUCGCAAUUUGCGUCUGCUUUUGCUAUACCCCUGAAGUGGCGAAAAGAAUUGAAUUUGAUUACUUCACCAUGGCCUUAGAAUUUUGCUUCUCUGAGCACACAUCGCAGUGCCUUUCCACUGAGGUACUUCAUAAACUGCUCCAACUUGUGCAGAUUUUGCAUGAAGGAAAGUUCAACAGCAAAAGUUUGAUUAGUAAAAUACUUGAGGUACUUAAGACAAGAAGAGAUAAAAGUCACCUUAUGGAAAUUUUCGACGAAACAAUACGAUUUGCUUCUAAAGACACCUCGGUAUCUUGUAUUAAGAAAAUAAAGGUCGAUUUACUGGGAGAUAUCGCGGUACCAGCAUGUUUGUUAUGCUGGAUUAACCUUUUGAAGUUUGAGCACGUCAGCAAUGGCUUUGCAUGUGCCUUAGCCAAGAAAGAUGACCCACAAUAUAUGCCUUUUCCUUAUCCCAUUCCUUUACUUCACAAUUCUCUAGUUGGUUUCUUUGGGAAUAUUUUUGAAGAAAUGAAGCGAAGUGGUAGCGAAGUUACUCUCCCCUCUGAGGAAGAAAGGCUGAAUAUUUUUUUCGGUCAUCGGCAUGCUCAUCGUUUUAUCUCUCACUCGCCGUUAGCGAAGACUUCUCUUAAACUUCUUGCAAACAGAAGCAUUAGCAACGAAGUCCUGAAAAAAAUUCUUGACCAGUUCUUUUUUGAAGGCAAACGAUCGAUGAAUCGUAAGCAGCCCUGGUCUAACCUCUAUGAACCCGUUGCUUUUGAACUUGUCCUCAGAGCUUUGUCAUUAUUUCCUGACGGGAUACUUGUCAACAAAUUGUUAAGUAUCUGGAAAGGGAUCGUCCAAGAAGAUCGUGAUUACGAAGCUCUUUUACAUUUAAUUAUCAGUCUAUUUCUAGAAGGAUCAGAAACUGAAGCCUAUUCUUUGGCAGAAAAUGCUGAAAAAACCUUGGAGUGUUUAUAUUGUCUUCCUCAAUCCCUCCUACCUUUAGUAAAGUUUUGGUGUCCUGUCCUUCCAUCUUGUGUAAAGAUAUUUCCAACGUCAUUCCAAAGUCAUCAAGAACUACUGGUCUGGUUCAUUGAAAGCGCUGCCAGAAGAGGGCAAGUACCACGCGAUAAACUUCCUUUGUAUUGUAACCUGGAACAACGCCCAAUUAUCAACUUCUUACAAUGGACUGCUCAACAAAGCUGCAAUGCAGAUGUGAAAGAAGAGCUGGUAUCGCUCCUAACGUCCUGCAUGAAUGAAGCUCCCUUGAGGCACAAGUGCUGGCAGUUUUCUAUUGAUUUGAUCAAACAAAUGAGCCUCUGUCAACAAAUGCGCCUUAGCGUUAAAAAGGACGUAAUCCAAAAUUUUACCCGUUUGGCCAACGUCUUCAAGGAGCGAGGAAGAGACCUUUUUCGUAACAUUGUAGAAGGUGUAGUAUCAAAUCAAAAUCUAAAGCUUAAAGACGAAAUUUUUUCUGAAAUAUUUGAUUUUGUCAGACGCUGUUCUGAAAUGAAGACGAUUCCUUCACAAAUUCAGGAGCUACUUUCGUUGGUAUCAAAAUGCUCGAUUUCAGGUGACCGUAGAGUAACAUUGCUGCAGAGGUCAAAGGAAACCGGAAAAGGUCUACUAUGUAGUUUGCAGAUCUUAGAACUGGUAAAACAUCGUCACCCCGUCCUUGAGGGAGCAAAUGGAUAUUUUGAUCAACUUUUUUUUGCUUUUUUUGACAUUUUUAAAGAAGACGAACACAUGUGUCAGCAGCUCUACAAUCAACUACGUUCAGUGGUUUCUUCACCACUACUGCAAGAUUUAUGGAGCUCUCUGGUUCCCAGGUUGAUUUCUUUGGAUUUAUUCGAUGAAGAAAUUGAUUCGCGAUGGUGUUGGCCUGUUCUUCGACAAGCUGUAGAAGAAAGAUCUCCAAUUGAUCUGUUAGCACUCUACACUCAAUUAAGAGAAGGCUCUGAGAAAGUUGUUGAGCUAUUAAGAGUUAGCUGGGCGAAAUUGCCAUUGUCUUCCACGAGAUCACCAAACGACUCCGAAGUUCGAGUAUGUGUGGAACAAGAAACGUUCAUUUCUUCUCUUGGAAUCGUCGUGGGAUCAAACGUAUUAUCUUGCCAAGAAAAACUAUUCCUAGUCAGGAACGUUUGUGACAUUUUUGUCCAAAACAAAAAUCUCUUAACAGAAACGACAAUGGUAAAUGCCUUACACAAUUUGAUACCAUUUUCUAGAUUGCAAAACAACGAUGUGUCAAGCAACAAAGAAAUCAUGCGUUUAGAACUGCAUCAAAUAGAAGGCAUACUGAGAGAUCCUCACAUGAUGACUCAGCUAUCAAGACUUUCGACUGGUUUAAAUAAUUCUUUAUGCUAUGUUUUCUCCAGCAAGACUUCCGACUACUUUUCAAACGGCACACUGAUGGACAUUUACCGUUUUAUUGGUUCGCAAGAGGAUUUAAACGAACCAUUUCUUAACAACGUCAUCAUGGGAGUCCUUGAGAUAGUCGUCCAAGAGUCAGGUUCAGUUGGGAAUAUAAUAGAGCUACUGGAGGAAGUGGUAAGCAUUGUUCGCAAUGUCCCUUCAGAAUUAACUUUGUUUAUCAUGGGUAAUUUUUGCAAUCUUCUUAAAAACAAGGUAAACAAAGAGGAUAGGAAAAGUUUUUUCAAAGAAGUUGCAAUGAGAUGGCGCUGCUCAGUAAGUUCUGAGUAUCUCUCGUACUUGGAGGUUCCACGACUCCUUUGGAAAGUCUAUUGUAACACCAAUUCGCGAGGUAGGAGACAAGAACUGAUAGAUCGGAUACAAGACAUUCUGCAGAAAACAAAGAACGUCGAGAUUUCUUCGGCCGAAGACAAUGAAGACGUAAUUAAAAGAAGAAUUGCAUGUUGCGAUCUCGAAUGGCUCGUUCUCAAUUCGUCCCUUUCAACUGAUGAAGCUGCUCUGGCAUACGCACUUUCGAGAUCUCUUACUUUAAAGCAGCCACUAAGAUGCUACACUUUUUCUGACGUAAGAAUAGAAAAAGGCCGCUUUAAGUUUAUCCCGGCUCAAGAGAAGAGAUUAAAAACACCAGAAAAAUCUAGAGAUGUAGAAAGAAACCAUGGAAAUGGUUACCCGGCCAUUGACCCACAAGUGUCCCUGUUAACACCAGCAUUGAUGGCGCAGAAAAUGAUUUAUCACAUAAAACGUGUACUCAAACAAGGGGAAGACCUCUCUGAAGUUGCAUUUUCACUUUGGGACCAUGCUUUUGGACAUUGCCUAGCAUGCUGUGAGGCUGAAUGUGCAGCAAGUUUGACUUUUUAUGAUGACUACUUGAAUGUUCUGCUGUCCAUUUUGUCCGAGUCUUCAUCGACAGAAAUAAUGCUUCAUUGGGCUAAACUUGAUAGCCACUUCACCUGCCAGUGCUUAGAAGUUGUCUUGAAAGCCAGCAAGAGCAGUAGCGAUUUUGAAAAGGAAACGAUGUUAAAUUUUCAAGCCCUCGUUAGUAACACACUGAUGCAACUCAGGACACCCAAAGCAGAUGGAUUUCCCUCUGUGAGACCAUUUCCAUGCUUUCUACGUCUUAAACCAGAGUUGGAUUAUUUGGGCGGGAUUCUUGGCAGCGGAUUAUCCAUCAAAGUGACCACACAAAUUCUCAAAAUCUUUCAAACAAAUGUACUUGCAGCUGGAACAGUAGCUGACAUCGUGUCUUCAUGGUCUUGCCAAUAUCAGGUAAUGAAAGUGGUGAGACGCGUUCAUUCAUUUUGCAAGAAGGAAGAAGAUUUCCCCCUAAACCCUUUCCAGAGUCAGUUUGUCUGGCAAUUACUAAAGGCAUUUGGUCGGUUCUGCAAAGACUCAAGUGAAAACCUUAUGGCCAAGUUUGAUGAGCUACUUUUAUUACGCGAUCUAGAAGACAAUUAUGGCUUCAACCGUUUGCCCAAAUGGCGAGAGAUGAUGAUAGCAGGCGGCUUUUCUUCCCAAGUGAUUGACUGCUGGUGUGUAGCGUUCCUGACGACACCACUCAAGGAAUUGUCAUCACGAGAUGUUGAUGCUAUUGUUGACCUGAAUUCAAAUCCGCUAGAGAUUGUUCCAGCACUUUCUGAAAAAAUUAAAAGCUGCGUUUUCCCUGAAGAUGGUUUUAAGGUUACUAUUACUCAAGGAGAAGGCAUCAAGGAGCCAUCGACCAGGGAACGCAUUCGAUUAGCGAAAUUGCUUUGUGAGCUGAUUAACAUGCUUAAACUGGGAAAACCCGAGGAAAAUAGAACAGAUGCUGUUAUCAAAGGAAAAGUUGUUGACGCCUGUUAUAAGCUUUGCGAGGCUUAUGAAAAUCCAGAAAAAAAGCGAAACGGCAAGGAUUUGUACAGAAUUCAUAGAAAGAUGCUUAAAGCGCUCCUUACUGUCGUCUUUGGCAGACAGUGUGAGUCCGAUCCUGAUGUUAACAGUUGUGGCGAAGCAAGCCAAACAGAUGAUUCAGAGAACCUCCCACGUAUAUUAAGAAAAAAUGAGGUGUUUGACCCAUUACUAGUGAUGUUACGGCGUUGGUUAUCCCGUCCUGCCAUUAAACCAACCCUUGCAUCUCAUACACAAGCCGUUGUUCAGCUACUUUUCUCAAGUAACCCCGCUGUCGUGGGUCCAGCGUUGCAUAGCGUAAUCCAAGCUCACAUUUUAUCUGUGGAAGAGAAUCAAAACAUCAUCGCUCAACUUGAAGCAUUGGGGUACAACCAAUCAACCAAGGAAACCAGAAACCUAUGGUCCUCAUUAACUGUGGAGUGUUCUAGAUACAUUAGCAAGCUCGAAUCUCCAGAUAGUAAAAGGUUUGUGAAGAAAAUGACCCAAAACCUAAGAGUUCUGUUGAACCAAUGGAAGUACAUCCUCUUCAUGCUGGGCAAGGUUUCAGUAAAAGUUGGCGAAACCGACGUAAGUACGGAGGACCUUUUUGGUCUUAGAGCCUCUUUAGAGGACAUGAAGAAACAGUCGUCUGCAGUAAAGGAAACUGUCAGUCAACUGGAGUUGGGGAGCCAGGAAAGGAGAGUCAAGCAGUUGAUACGCGAGGAGCAAAGACUGAUUGAAAAACUCGACAAGAGCUGUGAGGUAAGAAGUUCCUUUCUCUAGACAUUAAAUAUUUCAGCUAAUUAUAAUUGGUUUGAAUCAUCCUUUUACAACAUACCUGUAUUUAUUGAUGAGCCUCUGAAGCUCUCUGGAGAAGCUCUCUCUCCAAAGACAUGGGCCUAAGUAACCCUGGGUUCCAGAGACUUUUCAAGCGUGCGGUUAUUUUUUAGUUUCGGUCAAGAAGAUUUUGCAUGAUUCCAUCUGCCUGUAUCGUCUGUUGACAAAAUGUUGGUGUGCCUGAUCUGCAGUAAGUUACUUUUAACAUACAUAUUACACUUUUUAGUGUGACGGCCGUACUCUCUUUCUAGCCUUUGAGUAAUAAGUCCUCAGGUAACUGCUACCAAUUGAUACUAGUUCCUCUGUUUCAUAAUGUAGUGCUCAGAAGCACCCCAAAGAGACAAUGAAGAUGAACUGAAGAAGUUUGUUGCUGUCUGGGAUAAUCGAUUUUUGGAAAACGUAAAAUUGUGCUCUGAGCGAAUUCCAGGUGAGUAAAGAAGUUUUAUGGUCGGGGAGAGACGUGUGGGGUGGAGUGGGCAAGGCGGAAACAAGUCGCUUCCUCAGUGAGCAAUAUCUAGAGUUCUCUAGGGUUGCAAUUCUCAUGUCCAGGGACCGCGAGCCUUCCUGUCGGCGACUACACACUGACCAAGAGCUUGAGUACCCGGCCAGACGGGCCGGCCUGUGAACAGGCUUUCUGUUUGGGGAAAGGGUGAAAAAAUCGCGAGGAGAGCGAAGGGAAAGGGUAACAGAGCCUGUUCAUGGGCUAGGUUUAUGCAUGCAUAGCACGACAAUGAUGGUGACCUCGCUUAGAGAAUUCAAAAGGAAAUACUGAGAGCUCGCUGGCCCGAAAAAUACGCCUUCCAUGCAAUUAAUGCUGGCUGAUCCUGUCUCUUGUCUCUUCCAGAGAGCAGAUGUUGUACUUUUACUUUUAAAAUCAACAGCAGACCCCAAACAAACAUACUAAGCAAUGGGCUACCAUGCGAAGGGACUGCUGUUUUCGUUUACAGACUGAAAAGCUAGAAACACAAUUUAAGUGUCCAAAAUUGACAAUGGGGUGAACGGGUUUAAAUGCCACCAUUAAUUAGUCUUGACUAAAAAUAGAAUAGUAGUUUUAAUCACGGUGCAACAUUAAAAUUACCUACGACGUGUAUGUUCCCGACUGUCUCUUGUUCUAAAUCGAACGUAACGAGCUGCGAUUAGGGAACUUAAGCGCCAGACGUUCUUGGUAUCACAGACGCCAACCGGAAGUAUUUUUGCAGCAUGACAUCCACUGCGCAGGUCAAGACCCUGGGUUAUCUUAACCCAGCUUUGAACAACUCGGCCCAGGUGCUUAAGUUCCCUAUUCUCUCAAAGAACCCUUUUAGUUAUCCAACCCGGUGACUCAAAAUCAAUCGCGUUCCCUGUUCGGUGUUACAGAAAAUUAGAAUAAAGCUGCACUAAUGUUAUACAAAUUCAAGAGCCAAAUUUUACCUUUUCUUCAAGGUUGCUACGCACCCAACGGUUUCCAUUCUGACAAGCCUGUUGUGUGCGCCUUGUCCGUGGACAACAGGAUUCUGACAGUUUUCAAAGAAGAAAAAAACGGACAUAGAGAGGAAAUAGAAAAUGUGGAAGUCAAGCUCAUGGCGGCUGGUAUGUAUGUGUUUGGGCUGCACUCGAGUGAACACGAUUACGUCACUGAUGAGCUGUGGGCCGCCUUCUUUAAAAUGCUACUGGAAGAAAGACUGGUACCGAAUAUAGUUUUGUUCAAUGAAAGUCCAGGAUUUGAUUGGAUAACGAAGUUUGUUCAGCCAGGCAAGUGGUAUUUAAUGGAUUCCUAG